CCCAAUAGGAUUUGGCGGGAUUUCCGAAAGCGGCAGAUGGAGUGGACGCUGCCGCCUGAGACCGAGGCCUGAAGACAGUUGAGACGCCCUCCAGGAGCGCAGUUAGGAGCUGAAACUCGCCUGGGUUACGUGCAGAAGGCCGGAGCAAGGGCAUAGAGAAGUGGGGCGCAGGAAAGGGGGUCUGCAGUCCGUCCGGGGUCGGCCGCGCGCGGGUCCGGCGGACUGUAGUCGGAGCGUGCAGCCCGCCGGGGCGAGUUACGCUGCAGGCGGAGCUCUGUACUUUCUCUAGUGUUCUUCCUGAUGGCCAUCUGUACUUUUCAGUAUUGAGCCCUAACUAAUGGCUAUGCAGAUGCAGCUUGAAGCAAAUGCAGAUACUUCAGUGGAAGAAGAGAGCUUUGGCCCACAACCUAUUUCUCGAUUAGAGCAAUGUGGCAUAAAUGCCAAUGAUGUGAAGAAAUUGGAAGAAGCUGGAUUCCAUACUGUGGAGGCUGUUGCCUAUGCACCAAAGAAGGAACUAAUAAAUAUUAAGGGGAUUAGUGAAGCCAAAGCUGAUAAAAUUCUGACUGAGGCAGCUAAAUUAGUUCCAAUGGGUUUCACCACUGCAACUGAGUUCCACCAAAGGCGGUCUGAGAUCAUACAGAUUACUACCGGCUCCAAAGAGCUUGACAAACUACUUCAAGGAGGAAUUGAGACUGGAUCCAUCACAGAGAUGUUUGGAGAAUUCCGAACUGGGAAGACCCAGAUCUGUCAUACGUUGGCUGUAACAUGCCAGCUUCCCAUUGACCGAGGUGGAGGUGAAGGAAAGGCCAUGUACAUUGACACCGAGGGUACCUUUAGGCCAGAACGGCUGCUAGCAGUGGCUGAGAGAUAUGGCCUCUCUGGCAGUGAUGUCCUGGAUAAUGUAGCAUAUGCUCGAGGGUUCAACACAGACCACCAGACCCAGCUCCUUUAUCAAGCAUCAGCCAUGAUGGUAGAGUCCAGGUAUGCACUGCUAAUUGUAGACAGUGCCACCGCCCUCUACAGAACAGACUAUUCGGGUCGAGGUGAGCUUUCAGCCAGGCAGAUGCACUUGGCCAGGUUUCUGCGGAUGCUUCUGCGACUUGCUGAUGAGUUUGGUGUAGCCGUGGUAAUCACCAACCAGGUGGUGGCCCAAGUGGAUGGAGCGGCCAUGUUUGCUGCAGAUCCUAAAAAACCUAUUGGAGGAAAUAUCAUUGCUCAUGCCUCAACAACAAGACUGUACCUGAGAAAAGGAAGAGGGGAAACCAGAAUCUGCAAAAUCUAUGACUCUCCUUGUCUUCCUGAAGCUGAAGCUAUGUUUGCCAUCAAUGCGGAUGGAGUAGGAGAUGCCAAGGACUGAAUCGUUUUUUUUCCUGUGAUAAACCUUAAGUGCUGCAGUCUAAUGGAGAGGACUGCUCCCUGGGUUCUUCACAGGCCUCUUCCUGUUGUGACUGCCAGGAAAAGGCUUCCAGGAAAACAGCUAUUAUAUCGGCUUUUCUUAUGGUGUAAACACGAGACAGGUCAGUAGUCACAAGCUGAUCUGAAAUGUUUAUUCCUUCUAGAGUAUAUUAAUCUCUAUGUGAAUUCUUUGGUUUGGGGGUGUAGGUAUGAAGUACCUUUGACAUCAUAGUGCCUUGGGGUUGACUCAGGACUAACUGCUAUUGGCCAAUCUUAUGUCUCUAAGAACUAACUAAAACUGGAGAGACCUGACUUCUCUCGCUGUCUGAAUAAUGUUGGGGAAAAAAAUGUCUGAGCUAUGUGGCAAAGGGAGUGGGUCUCCUCACAGGUUUUUUUUUUCUCUGUCAGUCAGUCAAGUAAAACUCUUAAAUCAGAAGCAGGUAAAGUUUGUGUGUCUGAGUUAGCUUAUAUAAGAAUGUUUUUUUAGAUAAGGGGUAUUGAGUAGGCCUGCUGGGCUACCAGCCCUUCACCAUCUACUCUUUUUUAAUGCUAAGAGCAAUUCAAGAUAGUUCUGGAAUCUUAAACAUUUCAGAAGCUCUUCAAGUAAGUAGAUUCAAUGUGGGACUGCUAAUAAAGUAGUUAUUUGUAGUGAAUGUGCUGUUUAUAGGAGUUAUUCUGGUACAAGCUGAAUAUUUCAGGAUAGGGCCUUCAUAAUAUAGUUUUGGCUCUGGGUAGGGUGAUCAGUUUCUAUUGCUUUAAAAUUGAAAAUUUAAAAGGGAAGUCCCACAUUCAGAUGAUUCAUUUUAUACUCCUUUAACCUAAUAGAAGAUCUCACAAGAUGGCUACACCAUGGCUUUCCUGUGGCCUUUGUUUUUAUUCUUUAAGAAGUUUUGUAUUGUAUAGGGCUGGUUCUUGCCCAGAUUAUUCUACUUCAGGGGUUUGAGAUACUCCUUCCUCUUCAGACUUCUACUCAGGAUGGGUUCUAACCAACUCCUCCAAUUUCAAAGGGCCUCUCGGCUAGUAUUAGGAGGAGAGGCAGUGCAACUCUGCUGUUGCCUGUGUUGAUCCUACUAUAUAUAGGGAGAUAGGAAGACACAAUUUAAUGCAACUUUGUUUUAAAAAGUUCUGUUCCCUGACUUGAUAGAACAGAGUACCUCCUAGGCCUUCUUUCAUUUCUACAUUACAGAACAAACCUGGGAUGAAAUAAUAAAGCCACAGUAACAGAUUCUGGAAUGGAAGCUUGGUUCUUAAAUAAAAGCACCUCCAUCUUUUAGUCCUAUAAAGUAUUUCAGUGACCUUGACCUAAAAACUUGUCUCAAUUUUUCUUGGAGGGAGGAUUUUCUUUUCAGAUGGGAUUACGCUUUGUGCUAUUGGGAACACCUGCUUAGUUGGACUAGGCCUUGUUAGGCUAAAAGUAAGCUCUUCUUGUGUUUUACAUUUAACUAAAAUUUUCUCUGGAAGUAUUAUUAACCAGAGAGCUUAUUCUAAACUAUGUGGUACUGUUUUUCUACUUGUCUGCAAUAGCCUCAUAGUAGAAAACAGCUAUGGAAGUGUCAAGCAAGAAUAAGGAGCUGAUAACAAAUAAACAUAGAAAGGGGAUUAUAAUCACGUCU